GGAGGUAAUUACAGAGCAUGGCUACUUCGUCUCAGAUUCCCCUUCGAAAGGUAGGCACAACAUCAUGUGUUCAUCAUGGUGGGAUGCUGGAACUGUUUUGUGAAGAAUGCACCCAGCUUGCCUGCAUGCUUUGUUUAUCAAGCGAGCACAAGGGUCAUGUACUGUGUGCAUUGAGUGAAAUUAUUCCACAAAAGAAGCAGGACAUUAAGAACUUCAUUGAUCAAAAUGAGAAUGUUGAACUUGCGCUAAUUGGUAAGUCUAUCAAUGAGAUUGAUGGUCAUUUAAAAGAAAACAUCACCAAUUUUGCAAAACUUUCAAAUCAGUUGAAAAACCAAACCAAAAAAUUGAAGGAAGACCUUGAUCGGUUAACAUCGGAACCACUGUGCAACUUUCGUGAAAUGGAACGAAACAACAGCAAGAUGCUUGAAACAUACAAAGAAGAUCUCGAAAAAUACAACAAAAAGCUAAAAGAACAGGUGAGCGCUUGUAAGAUUGCACUUCAACGCGGUUGCAGCAUACUAAUUUACGACACAGCAGGUGAAAUUUCGUCCGUUGGAAAUUCCCCAGUUAUGCCUACCCUCGGUACAGCUCAAUUUACUCCGAAUAUUUAUGCAGAAAACCUCAUGAAACAAGCUUUGGGAACAGCAUGUACAUCAGGACCACAACGAAAGGCAUUCCAAUUACAAGGUAACCUAAAGUCAACAACAGAACCAGGAGACUUGUCCCGAUUACAUAAUCAGAAAGAGUCUCAAACGAGGGCCGUUGACAAGCAGGACUCACCAAUGGUUCUAUCAUUGCAUUCCAAACACGAGUUUUCGGUAACUGACAAAAAAGAAGGGUCGCCGAACGUCGCUGUUUCAAAGCAGCGAACCGCGAAGAGUUCUUCUGACAAAGAAGACAGGUCGCCAUAUAUUCCGGGUUUAAAACAGCAAACCAAUCAGGAAUAUUCAGUCAUUGCCAGACAAAAAGCUCUACGUGCUAUGGAUUCAAAAACAAAACCAGCCAUUCACGAGGCUACUGUCAUUGACGAAUGGGUGUCGUCGUGCCCUAUCGGAUCCAUAUGCCCCGGCACUGACGGGCGGAUGUGGACUUGCUGCAGUACAAGGCCUACACUAACGCUCCUGGACAGGAAGGGCGUAGUUGUACGGGAGAUCCAUCAUAACGCUCGUACGACCACUAUAAGUGCCGCAGUCACUACAAAUCUGUGGAUGUGUGAUGACAAACACAAUGUCCUGGAACUGGUCUCAGAUCAACUGAUACAUAGAUUUACCACCAAAGAGACCCCCGGAUGUUUAUGUAUAACAUCGUGUAGCCAUGUCGUCGUGGGAAUGCCCGAGAACAUCACACAGUUUACUCGUGCGGGCACAAUAGUCCGUACUACCGAGUCAAGAGUAGGACGACCGGUAGUGAAUUCCCCUUUCAGGAUUGCUGAAUGUCCUGUAACCCACAACCUAGCAGUGAUUGACCGUAACGCAGACGGGAAAGAAGGAAAAACGCAUGUUGUUGUGCUGGAUAAAAAGUUAAAGAAACUGUUUGUUUAUAGUGGAGAGGUCCCUCGUACAUCUUUAGAAGCAGAACGUGUCUGGUCAGAACCAUUUAGCCCACUGAGCGUUGUAUAUGACAGUCACGGGAAUCUGGUUAUCGGGGACUGUGCCAACAACCUUCACCUUCUCGUAAGUGGACGUGGAGAGUUCAUCCGGGUCUUACACAAAGACAUCGACUGUUCCUGGGCUGCUGGGAUGGACGAGAAGGAUAUUCUUUGGGUAGUGUUCGGGGGAUACAAUGCCAAACUUAUACAGUACAGCAGCUUUCUUAAAUAG